GGCUCCUGAGCGCUGCUACUGCUGCGAGUUUUUUUUUUAUGCUCGUCUCUUGCGGUGUCGCCGGGCGCAGCCGAGGAGAAAACCCGAAGGAUAGAAAGUUGCUACUUUAUCUCAGGGAAAUAAUCUGCUGGAUUCUUUUUCACCAAUGUAACAAAUGAAAACAAUGGGCAGAUGAUAUCAACUGCUUUUGGCAGCCGACUAUCAGACAGCAAGCAACUACGUAAGCAACUACAAUCCAGACUGCAAGGAUUUUUACUAUUCCAGGCACUGGGAAUUAUGUGCAGUGCCUGAGCACUCGGAGUACCUACAGUUUCUAUGUAGAUCACGUUAGGAUUUAUAAUAAUGUCUGUUCAUGCCACAGAGAGUGACAUUCCUAGAUUUUUUGUGGGCGGUGAAGAUGGGGAAGAACUUUUGGAUCGUGCCAGAUCUUCUGAUUUUGUCUCCUUCUAUGAUCAGGAUGAUGAUGAUGAAGAGUAUGAUUCUCCACCAGAAAGACAAAUCAUGGUUGGAAUAUGUUCUAUGGCAAAAAAAUCAAAAUCAAAACCAAUGAAUGAAAUCCUUGAACGGCUUUCCAUGUUUAAAUAUAUCACAGUAGUGAUAUUUGAAGAAGAUGUCAUUUUGAAUGAACUGGUGGAAAACUGGCCUUUAUGUGAUUGUCUCAUUUCUUUUCAUUCUAAAGGAUUUCCAUUGGACAAAGCAGUUGCCUAUUCUAAACUCAGGAAUCCAUUUGUUAUUAAUGAUUUGAAUAUGCAGUAUCAUAUACAAGACAGGAGAGAAGUAUAUGGCAUCCUUAAAGAUGAAGGCAUUUUACUUCCUCGUUAUGCAGUUCUAAACCGGGAUCCAAAUAACCCCCAAGAAUGCAAUUUGAUUGAAGGAGAAGAUCAUGUGGAAGUGAAUGGGGAAGUUUUCCAAAAGCCAUUUGUGGAAAAACCAGUUAGUGCAGAGGACCACAAUGUGUAUAUUUAUUAUCCAACAUCUGCUGGUGGGGGAAGUCAGAGGCUCUUUCGGAAAAUUGGUAGCAGAAGCAGUGUUUACUCUCCUGAAAGCAAUGUGAGAAAAACUGGUUCAUACAUCUAUGAGGAAUUCAUGCCUACAGAUGGUACUGAUGUGAAGGUGUAUACUGUAGGUCCAGAUUAUGCACAUGCAGAAGCACGUAAAUCCCCUGCUCUGGAUGGCAAGGUGGAGCGUGAUAGUGAAGGCAAAGAAGUGAGGUAUCCAGUGAUACUUAAUGCACGGGAAAAGCUAAUAGCUUGGAAAGUAUGCCUGGCUUUUAAGCAAACAGUUUGUGGAUUUGACUUGUUGCGUGCUAACGGGCAGUCCUACGUCUGUGAUGUCAAUGGCUUCAGUUUUGUGAAGAAUUCUAUGAAAUAUUACGAUGAUUGCGCUAAAAUCCUUGGAAAUAUUGUUAUGAGAGAACUUGCUCCACAAUUUCAGAUCCCUUGGUCUAUACCUUUGGAAGCAGAAGAUAUUCCUAUUGUACCAACCACCUCAGGAACAAUGAUGGAGCUUAGGUGUGUCAUUGCUGUAAUACGGCAUGGAGAUCGGACACCAAAGCAAAAAAUGAAAAUGGAAGUUAAACACCAAAAGUUUUUUGAUCUUUUUGAAAAAUGCAAUGGGUAUAAGUCUGGGAAGUUAAAAUUGAAGAAGCCUAGGCAGCUACAGGAAGUACUUGAUAUUGCAAGACAGCUCUUAAUAGAACUAGGACAGAAUAAUGACUCUGAAAUUGAAGAAAACAAAUCUAAACUUGAACAGUUAAAGACUGUGUUGGAGAUGUAUGGACAUUUUUCUGGCAUAAAUCGCAAAGUACAGCUGACGUAUCUUCCUCAUGGUUGUCCUAAAACAUCUAGUGAAGAAGAAGAUAACCGCAAACAAGAGCCAUCUCUACUCUUAGUUCUCAAAUGGGGAGGAGAAUUGACACCUGCAGGUAGAGUUCAGGCAGAAGAACUAGGAAGAGCUUUCCGAUGUAUGUACCCAGGUGGACAAGGUGACUAUGCAGGAUUUCCAGGUUGUGGUCUGCUUAGAUUGCAUAGUACCUAUCGGCAUGAUCUCAAAAUCUAUGCAUCUGAUGAAGGAAGAGUUCAAAUGACAGCGGCAGCUUUUGCAAAGGGUCUAUUGGCAUUGGAAGGGGAACUCACACCUAUACUUGUGCAGAUGGUCAAAAGUGCUAAUAUGAAUGGUCUACUGGACAGUGACAGUGACUCUCUUAGCAGCUGCCAACAUCGUGUGAAGGCCCGCCUUAAUGAAAUUCUCCAAAGAGAUAGAGAUUUUACUUCUGAGGACUAUGAAAAGCUGACACCAUCUGGCAGCAUUUCUCUGAUAAAAUCAAUGCAAGUGAUAAAAAAUCCUAUUAAGACAUGUGACAAGGUAUAUUCCUUAAUCCAGAGUUUGACAUCUCAAAUCAAACAGCGAAUGGAAGAUCCUAAAUUUGCAGAUAUUCAACUUUAUCACAGUGAAACAUUGGAACUAAUGCUGCGUAGGUGGGCCAAGCUUGAAAAAGACUUUAAAACGAAGAAUGGAAAAUACGAUAUAAGUAAAAUCCCAGAUAUCUAUGACUGCAUAAAAUACGAUGUUCAGCAUAAUGUCUCUUUAAAGCUAGAAAAUACAAUGGAAUUGUACAGACUGUCAAAGGCGUUGGCUGAUAUUGUGAUCCCUCAGGAAUAUGGUAUUACUGAGGCUGAAAAAUUAGAGAUUGCUAAAGGUUACUGUAAUCCACUACUGAGGAAAAUCCGGUCUGAUCUUCAGAGGACUCAGGAUGACGAUACUGUUAACAAACUCCAUCCUUUGUAUUCUAGUGGGGUUAUGUCUCCUGAACGUCAUGUGCGAACUAGGCUGUACUUCACCAGUGAGAGUCAUGUCCAUUCAUUGCUUUCAACUCUUCGCUAUGGUUCUUUAUGCGAUGCAUCAAAAGAUGAACAGUGGAAGAGAGCUAUGGAUUACCUUAAUGUUGUCAGUGAACUCAAUUACAUGACCCAAAUAGUUAUCAUGCUGUAUGAAGAUCCAAAUAAGGAGGUCUCAUCAGAAGAACGCUUCCAUGUAGAGUUACAUUUUAGUCCAGGAGCUAAAGGCUGUGAAGAAGAUAAAAACUUACCAUCAGGUUUUGGAUACAGACCGGCUUCACGGGAGAACGAUGAUUCAAAGCAAACAUCCCAUAGACAUGAGAAUGAUGACGACCCCCAUGCUUAUAAAAGAGAUGAGACUGAUCGUUCAAUAAUGAUGUUCAAGCCAAUGGUGUCAGAUCCAAUUCAUAUUCACAGGAAGUCACCCCUUUCAAGACCCAGGAAAAUGGGUUCAGCAGAAGUAUGGCAUGAAUACUGUUGCACCAGAAGGUUAUACUCCCUUCCAUUCUUUGUCCCUAAUUAGGGUUUUAAAAAAUAAUUCAGAAGUCUUUUUUAUAUUGAGACGAUGUCACCUUUCAUGAUUGCUUGAUUGAUUAUUUCUACUAUUUUUAUUUUUUGGUUUAAACUUUUAAAGAUUAUUUUCAAUUGCUUACUUAAUUUAUUUUUGUACCAUGGAUGUUUUAAAGACAUGAUUAUAUCCUGCUGAGAAUCUUUGAACUACAAUGUGUAAAAUAUCAAAUAGGGGUGGCACAGCAUUUUAUCCAGCCAAAUUAAGCACUUUCUAGUGAGACAGAAAUGCAGUAUUAAUAGAGUGAAAGUUCUUUCCAACAGACUACUGUCAUAGUUUUUGGAUGAUGUUCUAAUUUUUUUCUGGUAAUCAUUGCCAAAUAUAUACUUAUCUCAGUUCCAUUUUAACUCAAAACUAAGGAAAGCCAAGUACUUUUAAAUUCAGAAUGAUAAGUUUCUUCAAGAUGACAGAAAUGUAUCCAGAAAAAUAGGAGAGACAUGCAAUCCAUAAAUGAAAAUAAAUUUCAGCCAUAAUUUUAAAUUACAGAACUGCAUUGUGAACCUAUAGAAAACCUAAUCCUGAUUCUAUAUGCAAUAAAAGAAAUGGAGAUUCUCCUAGACAUUUGGAAUGUGGAUUAGUAAAAAUCGUAACAUGAGGUGGUCUGACUCAGGAAGAAAGAUUUGCUAUAAUUAAUAUUUCUGUGGCAGAAGAAAAAGACCUAAAGAACAACAUACCCCGUAUGCUAAUAUUUUACAUUUUUAUUCUGAGGAAAGAAUAAUACUAUAACAAUAAUUCCAAAACAUUUGGCAACGUUAUAUAACUGAAUUUUACUAUUUUUAAUUGGUUUAAGUAGGAGUGCUGUAACCAGUUUGGUGCAGUGGUUAAGGCAUCAGGCUAGAAAGCCAGAGUUUAUGAGUUCUAGCCCCACUUUAAGCCCAAAGCCAGCUGGCUGACCUCAGCCAGUCCUUCUCUCUCAGCCCAUGGAAACAAGCAGCAGCAAACCACUUCUGAAAAAUCUUGCCAAGAAAACUGCAGGGACUAGACCAGGCAGUUGCAAAUAGUCAAAAACUGACUUCAAGAGGGGAAAAAAACCCAAACAGCUAAGAGUAAUUAACAUUGUUUAUCUAGGAAAAACUAAGGCAUUAGAUAAUCUGUAAAUAGUGGUUUGACAGCAAAUCUCCUUUGCUUCUGCUUUGUACUCCAGAGAAGAAGUGUUUAGUAUUCCAAAUUAUCUAUGGGUGUUUCUUCUGGUAUGACUUGAAUGCUUUGUCUGCUGUAGGUCUUAAGAUUGCUCUCAGUCUUUUAAAAAAAACAUUCUGCUUUGUGCAAGUUCUAUCUGCCUUUUAAGUCUAUUGAUAACCAUUAUAAGAGCAGUAACUCAAGUUUAGAAUUGCUUAAAAGUAGCAAAAAUAUGAAGAAUUGAUGUUCCUCUUUGCAGUUGUUGUCGUAACUAUCCUGUUUUUGGUAAUCAGGUAAGCUACCUUCAGUGGCAUCCACGGUGACAGUGACUGGCUUCAAAAUGAAAGCCCUGCCUCCUUUUAAUGUGCUUUACACACAUUGCACACAUCCAUUUUAAAGCAAGUAACUGUUGUUGCAGACAUCCAUUUUAAAGCCAGUAACUGUUGCAGACGUCUCCAAAUCCUUACUGUAGGGGCUCUUCCUUCUGUCAAUUGACAAUUCAAUGUUAGCUUCAGGGAAUCAGGAUUCACGGGUCACGUACUGUGAAAUCUUGUUACGUAACCUUCCAUUUUCCAACAAUUGCUGUAUAUAAUGUGUGUCUUGUUAUUUUGAACCCUCCCAUCUUUCAUCUAGCAUUUGCACUGAAUUCUUUUGACACAAGAACGCUACUGAAUUAGCUGGUCUGUUGAAAGCAAAUUCUGUAAUCUGUCCUUGCUUUACUAUAUUUCUGUAACAUUUGUUACUUACAAUAAUGGAAAAAUGUAUUACUAUAAUAGCAUAAAUACUUUUAUUAAAUUUCAACUGCUUAUAAUUUUUAAUGACAUAUGAAUAUUUUUGAAACAUGCUUUCUUUCAGGAUGCAAAAAGAUCUGCUAUAACAGUAUUAUACCUAUCCUCUCUAGCUUUUGAUUUAUACAUGUGAGUUCUAUUAGUUCUAUACCAAUUAAAAUCUUAAUUUACUGAACAUAGUUAUUUGAAACAGGAAGCUUGAAAAUAUUGUUACACUAUAUUACAUUUCUUUUGAAGGCAUUAUUUGUAUAUAUUUAAAGGAACACUGUCAAAUUCUUUCUAUCUCAAAGAGAAAUAUUGAAAACUUCCAUUUAAAAUAAAAGAUUUUGGUUAUGAAAAAUAAUUUGAUAAAAAGACGUACUCUGUCUCUAGAUGCUAUUAAGUUACUGUCUGUGUUUCAACAUAAAUUAUCUGUCAUUUUGUUAUUUAUAAACAAAAAUUGCUCAUUUUUUUAAAAAAAAAUCCCUUGUGAACUUUAUCUUGGUAUUCAGAUACUUAAUAUCUUUCAAAUGGAAUACUGUAUUGAGAUCUGUGUGUAUUGAGCAUUGUUGAUGUGAAAGGUUUUUUUUUACUGGUGGCUGGUUUGGUUCACUUAUCUACACUUAGAACUAAAGGAAGAAUGAGGCUUAACCUGACAAUCGAUGUGGCUAAAUUUCACCGACAUUAGAAAAAGUUAGUGAAAUAUAUCUUUAGCAUUAAGAAAUUACCUGCUACUGCUAUCAAAGAUCAGCUAUAUAAUUUCCAAAGAGUGUUUAAUUUUAUUUCAUAAGAAUAUUGCAUUAAUGAUAUAGGACGCAGCAAAAGUGUAUGUAUGUAUGUGUUUGUAUGUAUGUUUACAAGUAUUAUGUUUGUGUCUGAAAUACACACAUACACACACAAUUUUACUCAUUUCCGUGUAGAAUUUAAAAAUCACCAUUAAUAUUGCUGACGUACUGUACCUGUAGCAAAACCAGUAGCUGAAUAGUUGCAGUUGCUGGUGGGUUUUGUUUGGUUAGAAUCGAGCUAUCUAGAAAAGAGUGCAACUAUAUUUUAUUUUCUUACCAUUUAGCUCUGACUCUAACGUUGCAUGCUUUGCUGUUUUUUUGCCCCCUUUCUCAU